AUGUUCCAGUUACCUCCCCUCUCUCAUGUAACUCUUCUAUCUAUAAAAGGCGUCUACACGGCGCCAUGUUGUUGCUCAAUAAAGUUUCAGAAUUUUUGUUUCUUUCUUUCUUUCUUUCUUUCUUCAGUUUCUCUGUCUAUAAUUUUCCCUUCUCUUCUUUCUUUCUUUCUUUUUUCUUUCUUUCUUCAGUUUCUCUGUCUAUAUAUUUAUUUCCCAUCUAUUCUUUCCUUUAGUUUAUUUUAUUAUAAUUUUUCCCUCUAUUCUUUCUUUCAUUUGACAUUUUGCUUCUGUCUUUCUUUCUUUCUUUCUUUCUUUCUUUCUUUCUUUCUUUCUUUCUUUCUUCAGGUUGUUUUUCUCUUACUUUGUUUGAUUCACGAUUUCAUUUUUACUUUCGGCGUCUUUCUUUUUUUUUUAUCUGUCUCCAUCUUUCCCUUCAAUUCUUUCUUUGACUGUCUCUUUCUUUCGUUGAUUUUUUCUUUCUUUCUUUCUUUCUUUCUUUCUUUCUUUCUUUCUUUCUUUCUUUUCUUCAUUUAUCUGUCUCCAUUUUCCCCUUCAAUUCUUUCUUUGACUGUCUCUUUCUAUCUUUCUUUCUUUCUUUCUUUCUUCAGUUUAUCUGUCUCCAUUUUCCCCUUCAAUUCUUUCUUUGACUUUUAUCUGUUUCCAUCUUUCCCUUCAAUUCUUUCUUUGACUGUCUCUUUCUUUCUUACUUUCUUUCUUUCUUUCUUUCUUUCUUUCUUUCUUUCUUUCUUUCUUCAGUUUAUCUGUCCCCAUUUUCCCCUUCAAUUCUUUCUUUUUGACUGUCUUUUCUUUUCGUUGAUUCUUUUUCUUUCUUUUCUUUUCUUCAGUUUAUCUGUCUCCAUUUUCCCCUUCAAUUCUUUCUUUGACUGUCUUUUUCUAUCGUUGAUUCUUUCUUUCUUUCUUUCUUUCUUCAGUCUAUUUGUCUCCAUUUUCCCCUUCAAUUCUUUCUUUGACUGUCACUUUCUUUCUUUCUUUCUUUCUUUCUUUCUUUCUUUCUUUCUUUCUUUCUUUCUUUCUUCAGUUUAUCUGUCUCCAUUUUCCCCUUCAAUUCUUUCUUUGACUUUUAUCUGUCUCCAUUUUCCCCCUCAAUUCUUUUUUUUGACUGUCUCUUUUCUUUUUCGUUUAUUCUUUCUUUCUUUUCUUUUUCUUUCUUUCUUUCAGUUUAUCUGUCUCCAUUUUUUCUUCAAUUCUUUCUUUGACUGUCUCUUUCUUUCGUUGAUUCUUUCUUUCUUUCUUUCUUCAGUUUAUCUUCUAUUUUUCUUUCUUUCUUUCAUUUUUCUUCAAUUCUUUCUUUUGACUGUCAGUUUUCUUUUCUUUUAUUUUUCAAUUCUUUCUUUGAUUUCUUUCUUUCUUUUUUUCUUUUUUCUUUCUUUCUUUCUUCAGUUUAUCUUUGUCUCCAUUUUCCCUUCAAUUCUUUUUCUUUUGACUGUCUCUUUCUUUUCGUUGAUUCUUUUUUCUUUCUUUCUUUCUUUCUUCAGUUUAUCUGUCUCCAUUUUCCCCUUCAAUUCUUUCUUUGACUGUCUCUUUCUUUUCGUUGAUUCUUUCUUUCUUUCUUUCUUUUUUCUUUUAUCUGUCUCCAUUUUCCCUUCAAUUCUUUCUUUUGACUGUCUCUUUCUUUCGUUGAUUCUUUCUUUCUUUCUUUUCUUUCUUUCUUCUGUUCCAUCUUUCCCUUCAAUUCUUUCUUUGACUGUCUGUUUAUCUGUUUCCAUCUUUCCCUUCAAUUCUUUCUUUGACUUCUCUUUCUUUCUUUUCUUUCUUUCUUUCUUUUUCUUUUCUUUUUCUUUUUCUUUCUUUCAUUUUGAUUCAAUUCUUUCUUUCUUUCUUUCUUUCUUUCUUUCUUUUCUUUCUUUCUUUUUUUCUUUCUUCAGUUUAUCUGUUUCCAUCUUUCCUUUGACUAUUCUUUCUUUGACUGUUCUUUCUUUCUUUGCAUUCUUUCUUUCUUUCUUUCUUUUCUUUUCUUUCUUCAGUUUUAUCUGUCUCCAUUUUCCCUUCAAUUCUUUCUUUGACUGUCUCUUUCUUUCGUUGAUUCUUUCUUUUUUUGAUUCUUUCUUUCCUUUCUUUUUCUUUCCUUCUUUUCUUUCUUUCUUUUUUUCUUUCUUUCUUUUUUCUUUCUUUUUCUUCAGUUUAUCUGUCUCUAUUUUCCCUUCAAUUCUUUCUUUGACUGUCUCUUUCUUUUUUUUGAUUCUUUCUUUCUUUCUUUCUUUCAGUUUAUCUUUUAUCUGUCUCCAUUUUUCCUUCAAUUCCUUCUUUGACUGUCUCUUUUCUUUCGUUGAUUCUUUCUUUCUUUCGUUCUUUUUUCUUUUCUUUCGUUCUUUUUUCUCUCUUUCUUUCUUCCUUUCUUCUUCUUUUUAUCUUUCUCUCCAUCUUUCCAUCUUUCCCUUCAAUUCUUUCUUUGACUGUCUCUUUCUUUCUUUCGUUGAUUCUUUCUUUCUUUCUUUAUUCAUUUUCUUUCUUUCUUUCGUUCGUUUAUCUGUCUCCAUUUUUUCUUUCCCCAUCUUUCCCUUCAAUUCUUUCUUUGACUGUCUCUUUCUUUGGUUGAUUCUUUCUUUCUUUCUUUCUUUCUUCCUUUCUUUCAUUUAUCUAUUUCCAUCUUUCCCUUCAAUUCUUUCUUUGACUGUCUCUCUUUUCUUUUCUUUCUUUUUUUUCUUUCUUUCUUUCUUUCUUUUUCUUUCUUCAGUUUAUCUGUUCCAUUUUCCCUUUCAAUUUUCUUUCUUUCUUUUUUAUCUCAUUUUUCCUUUUCCAUCUUUGACCUUCAAUUUUUUUUCUUUCUUUGACUGUCUGUUUUUUCUUUUUCUUUUUCUUUCUUUCUUACUUUCUUUCUUUUCUUUCUUUUUCUUUCUUUCUUUUCUUUCUUUCUUUCUUUUUCUUUCUUUUCUUUCUUUCUUUUCUUUUUUUCUUUUUUUUUUUUCUUUUUCUUUCUUUCUUUCUUUCUUCAUUUAUCUGAAUCCAUUUUUCCCCUUCAAUUCUUUCUUUGACUGUCUCUUUCUUUUUCUUUUUCUUCUUUCUUUCUUUCUUUCUUUCUUUCACUUUAUCUUUUAUCUGUUUCCAUUUUUCCCUUCAAUUCUUUCUUUGACUGUCUCUUUUCUUUCGUUGAUUCUUUCUUUCUUUCUUUCUUUCUUUCUUUUUUUUUUCUUUUUCGUUCUUUUCUUUCUUCUUUCUUUCUUUUUUCUUUCUUUCUUCAGUUUAUCUGUCUCCAUCUUUCCCUUCAAUUAUUUCUUUGACUGUCUCUUUCUUUUUUUGAUUCUUUCUUUUUCUUUCUUUUUUAUUCAUUUUUCUUUUCUUUCUUUCAGUUUAUCUGUUUCCAUUUUUCCCGUCAAUUCUUUCUUUGAUCUGUCUCUUUUUUUGGUUGAUUUCUUUCUUUCUUUCUUUCUUUUUCUUUCUUUUUCUUCCUUUUCUUCACUUUCUUUCUUUGAUUCUUUCUUUUUUUUUCUUUCUUUAUUUCUUUCUUUCUUCUUUCUUUUAUCUGUCUCCAUUUUUCCCUUCAAUUCCUUCUUUGACUGUCUCUUUCUUUCGUUGAUUCUUUCUUUCUUUCGUUCUUUCUUUCUUUCUUUCUUUCUUUCUUCUUUCUUCAGUUUAUCUAUUUCCAUCUUUCCCUUCAAUUCUUUCUUUGACUGUCUCUUUCUUUCUUUCUUUUUUCUUUCUUUCUUUCUUUCUUUCUUUCUUCAGUUUAUCUGCUCCAUUUUCCCCUUCAAUUCUUUCUUUGACUGUCUCUUUCUUUCGUUGAUUCUUUCUUUCUUUCUUUAUUUAUUUCUUUCUUUCUUCAGUUUAUCUGUUUCCAUCUUUCCCUUCAAUUCUUUCUUUGACUGUCUGUUUCUUUCUUUCUUUCUUUCUUUCUUACUUUCUUUCUUUCUUUCUUUCUUUCGUUCUUUCUUUCUUUCUUUCGUUCUGUCUUUCUUUCUUUCUUUCUUACUUUCUUUCUUUCUUUCUUUCUUUCUUUCUUUCUUCAGUUUAUCUGUUUCCAUCUUUCCUUCAAUUCUUUCUUUGACUGUCUUUCUUUCUUUCGUUUUUUCUUUUUUCUUUUUUUCUUUCAGUUUAUCUUUUAUCUUUCUCCAUUUUCUUCUGUUCAAUUUUCUUUCUUUGACUGUCUUUUUUCUUUCUUUCUUUGAUUCUUUUCUUUCUUUUUUUCUUUCUUUCUUUUUUCUUUCUUUCUUUUCUUUCUUCCGUUUAUCUGUUUCCAUCUUUCCCUUCAAUUCUUUCUUUGACUUUCUUUCUUUCUUUCUUUCUUUCUUUUUUUUCCAUUUUUUUCUUUCUUUGACUUUCGUUCUGUUCUUUCUUUCUUUCUUUCUUACUUUCUUUUUUUUCUUUUUCUUUUCUUUUUUUUUUUCUUUUCUUUCUUUCUUUUCUUUCUUUCUUUCUUUCUUUCUUUCUUUCUUCAGUUUAUCUUUUAUCUGUCUUUUCUUUCUUUUUUCCCUUUCUUUUUUCUUUCUUUCUUCAGAUCUGUCUCUUUCCCUUUUUUUUUUUGUUGAUUCUUUCUUUUCUUUUUUCUUUCUUUCUUUCUUCAGUUUAUCUGUUUCCAUUUUUCCCCUUCAAUUCUUUCUUUUUGACUGUCGCUUUCUUUUCUUUCUUUCUUUCGUUUUUCUUUCUUUCUUUCUUUCUUCAGUUUAUCUGUUUCCAUCUUUCCCUUCAAUUCUUUCUUUGACUGUCUCUUUCUUUCUUUCUUUCUUUCUUUCUUUCUUUUUCUUUCUUUCUUUCUUUCUUUCUUUCUUUCUUUCUUUUUCUUUCAUUGAUUCUUUCUUUCUUUCUUUAUCUAUUUCCAUCUUUCCCUUCAAUUCUUUCUUUUUGACUGUCUCUUUCUUUUCGUUGAUUCUUUCUUUCUUUCGUUCUUUCUUUCUUUCUUUCUUUCUUUCUUUCUUUCUUCUUUCUUCACUUUAUCUAUUUCCAUCUUUCCCUUCAAUUCUUUCUUUGACUGUCUCUUUCUUUCUUUCUUUUUUCUUUCUUUCUUUCUUUCUUUCUUUCUUUCUUCAGUUUAUCUGCUCCAUUUUCCCCUUCAAUUCUUUCUUUGACUGUCUCUUUCUUUCGUUGAUUCUUUCUUUCUUUCUUUAUUUAUUUCUUUCUUUCUUCAGUUUAUCUGUUUCCAUCUUUCCCUUCAAUUCUUUCUUUGACUGUCUGUUUCUUUCUUUCUUUCUUUCUUUCUUAUCUUCUUUCUUUCUUUCUUUCUUUCGUUCUUUCUUUCUUUCUUUCGUUUGUCUUUUCUUUCUUUUCUUCUUUCUUUCUUUCUUUCUUUCUUUUUUUCUUUCUUUCUUCUGGUUUAUCUUUUAUCUGACUCAUUUUCCCUUCAAUUCUUUCUUUGACUGUCUCUUUCUUUCGUUGAUUCUUUCUUUCUUUUUCUUUCUUUCAGUUUUAUCUGUCUCCAUUUUCCCCUUCAAUUCUUUCUUUGACUGUCUCUUUCUUUCGUUGAUUCUUUCUUUCUUUCUUUCUUUCUUUCUUUCUUUCUUUCUUUCUUCCGUUUAUCUGUUUCCAUCUUUCCCUUCAAUUCUUUCUUUGACUUUCUCUUUCUUUCUUUCUUUCUUUCUUUCUUUCUUUCUUUCUGUCUUUCUUUCUUUCUUUCUUACUUUCUUUCUUUCUUUCUUUCUUUCUUUCUUUCUUUCUUUCUUUCUUUCUUCAGUUUAUCUUUUAUCUGUCUCCAUUUUCCCCUUCAAUUCUUUCUUUGACUGUCUCUUUCUUUCGUUGAUUCUUUCUUUCUUUCUUUCUUUCUUUCUUUCUUCAGUUUAUCUGUUUCCAUUUUUCCCUUCAAUUCUUUCUUUGACUGUCGCUUUCUUUCUUUCUUUCUUUCGUUCUUUCUUUCUUUCUUUCUUCAGUUUAUCUGUUUCCAUCUUUCCCUUCAAUUCUUUCUUUGACUGUCUCUUUCUUUCUUUCUUUCUUUCUUUCGUUCUUUCUUUCUUUCUUUCUUUCUUUCUUUCUUUCUUUCUUUUUUCUUUCUUCAGUUUAUCUGUCUCCAUUUUUCCCUUCAAUUCCUUCUUUGACUGUCUCUUUCUUUCGUUGAUUCUUUCUUUCUUUCGUUCUUUCUUUCUUUCUUUCUUUCUUUCUUCUUCUUCAUUUAUCUGCUCCAUUUUCCACUUCAAUUCUUUCUUUGACUGUCUCUUUUUUUCGUUGAUUCUUUCUUUCUUUCUUUAUUUAUUUCUUUCUUUCUUCAGUUUAUCUGUUUCCAUCUUUCCCUUCAAUUCUUUCUUUGACUGUCUGUUUCUUUCUUUCUUUCUUUGUUUCUUACUUUCUUUCUUUCUUUCUUUCUUUCGUUCUUUCUUUCUUUCUUUCGUUCUGUCUUUCUUUCUUUCUUUCUUACUUUCUUUCUUUUUUCUUUCUUUCUUUCUUUCUUUCUUUCUUCAUUUAUCUGACUCCAUUUUCCCCUUCAAUUCUUUCUUUGACUGUCUCUUUCUUUCGUUGAUUCUUUCUUUCUUUCUUUCUUUCUUUCUUUCUUUCUUUCUUUCUUUCUUUCUUUCUUCCGUUUAUCUGUUUCCAUCUUUCCCUUCAAUUCUUUCUUUGACUUUCUCUUUCUUUCUUUCUUUCUUUCAUUCUUUCUUUCUUUCUUUCUUUCUUUCUUUCUUUCUUUCUUUCUUUCGUUCUGUCUUUCUUUCUUUCUUUCUUUCUUUCUUUCUUUCUUUCUUUCUUUCUUUCUUUCUUUCUUUCUUUCUUUCUUCAUUUAUCUGUCUCCAUUUUCCCCUUCAAUUCUUUCUUUGCCUGUCUCUUUCUUUCGUUGAUUCUUUCUUUCUUUCUUUCGUUGAUUCUUUCUUUCUUUCUUUCUUUCUUUCUUCAGUUUAUCUGUUUCCAUUUUUCCCUUCAAUUCUUUCUUUGACUGUCGCUUUCUUUCUUUCUUUCUUUCGUUCUUUCUUUCUUUCUUUCUUCAGUUUAUCUGUUUCCAUCUUUCCCUUCAAUUCUUUCUUUGACUGUCUCUUUCUUUCUUUCUUUCUUUCUUUCGUUCUUUCUUUCUUUCUUUCUUUCUUCAGUUUAUCUGUCUCCAUCUUUCCCUUCAAUUCUUUCUUUGACUGUCUCUUUCUUUUUUUCUUUCUUUCUUUCUUUCUUUCUUUCUUUCUUUCUUUCUUCAUUUAUCUUUUAUCUGUCUCCAUUUUUCCCGUCAAUUCCUUCUUUGACUGUCUCUUUCUUUCGUUGAUUCUUUCUUUCUUUCGUUCUUUCUUUCUUUCGUUCUUUCUUUCUCUCUUUCUUUCUUCCUUUCUUCACUUUCUUUCGUUGAUUCUUUCUUUUUUUCUUUCUUUAUUUCUUUCUUUCUUCAGUUUAUCUGUCUCCAUUUUUCCCUUCAAUUCCUUUUUUGACUGUAUCUUUCUUUCGUUGAUUCUUUCUUUCUUUCGUUCUUUCUUUCUUUCUUUCUUUCUUCUUUCUUCAUUUAUCUGCUCCAUUUUCCCCUUCAAUUCUUUCUUUGACUGUCUCUUUCUUUCGUUGAUUCUUUCUUUCUUUCUUUAUUUAUUUCUUUCUUUCUUCAGUUUAUCUGUCUCCAUUUUUCCCUUCAAUUCCUUCUUUGACUGUCUCUUUCUUUCGUUGAUUCUCUCUUUCUUUCUUUCUUUCUUUCUUUCUUUCUUUCUUUCUUUCUUUCUUUCUUCAUUUAUCUAUCUCCAUUUUUCCCUUCAAUUCUUUCUUUGUCUCUCUCUUUCUUUCGUUGAUUCUUUCUUUCUUUCUUUCUUCAGUUUAUCUAUCUCCAUUUUUCCCUUCAAUUCUUUCUUUGACUCUCUCUUUCUUUCGUUGAUUCUUUCUUUUUUUUCUUUCUUCAGUUUAUCUGUCUUUUUCCCUGUUUCCUUUUUGACGUUCUUUCUUUCGUUGAUUCUUUCUUUCUUUCUUUCUUUCUUUCUUUCUUUCUUUCUUUCUCUCUUUCUUUCUUCCUUUCUUCAUUUAUCUGUCUCCAUUUUUCGUGUCAAUUCCUUCUUUGACUGUCUCUUUCUUUCGUUGAUUCUUUUCUUUCUUUCUUUCUUUCUUUCUUCCUUUCUUCACUUUCUUUCGUUGAUUCUUUCUUUUUUUCUUUCUUUAUUUCUUUCUUUCUUCAGUUUAUCUGUCUCCAUUUUUCCCUUCAAUUCCUUCUUUGACUGUAUCUUUCUUUCGUUGAUUCUUUCUUUCUUUCUUUCGUUCUUUCUUUCUUUCUUUCUUUCUUUCUUUCUUUCUUCUUUCUUCAGUUUAUCUAUUUCCAUCUUUCCCUUCAAUUCUUUCUUUGACUGUCUCUUUCUUUCUUUCUUUCUUUCUUUCUUUCUUUCUUUCUUCAGUUUAUCUGUCUCCAUUUUUCCCUUCAAUUCCUUCUUUGACUGUCUCUUUCUUUCGUUGAUUCUUUCUUUCUUUCGUUCUUUCUUUCUUUCUUUCUUUCUUUCUUUCUUUCUUUCUUUCUUCAGUUUAUCUGUCUCCAUCUUUCCCUUCAAUUCUUUCUUUGACUGUCUCUUUCUUUCGUUGAUUCUUUCUUUCUUUCUUUCUUUCUUUCUUUCUUUCUUCAGUUUAUCUAUCUCCAUUUUUCCCUUCAAUUCUUUCUUUGACUCUCUCUUUCUUUCGUUGAUUCUUUCUUUCUUUUAUUUUUCUAUAACUUUCAUCUCUAUUCUUUCUUUGAUUCUCUCUUUCAUUUACUUUCACUUUCUUUCUUUCGUUCGUUAUUUCUUUGGAUUCUACUGA